AUGAUCCGAAAUUUGGGGAAAACUGCAACAUGGCACUGCUGUCCGGUUGUGGAAGUAAAGAGCAAAUUUGGUGCAGAGUUUAGGAGAUUUUCUCUGGAUCGUUAUGAGCCUGGCAAAUGUAAAGAUUUUAGGCAGUUUAUCCUGAGCCUGCACCAGCUAUAUUACACAGAGGUCUUUAUCAGCUAUGCAGAUCUACACGGAGACCUACUGCCUAUAAACAACGAUGAGAAUUUCUGUAAAGCCGUGUCUACUGCACAGCCACUACUGCGCAUCUUCAUCCAGCUGCAAGAGGAAGUGGACCAAAUCAGUAACAAUUAUGUGACUAGACGGAAUAAAUCAACUGUGGCAGUAUGUACUAAUGUCAGCAAGGAAAGACCCAUUCAAAUUAGCGUUCCACAGAACUUCCGCCCGGUCUCCUCCAUAAUCGACGCCGAUAUCCUCCCUGUAUGCCACAGAAGGGUUCGUCUGUAUCGUCAGGCCUCAGAUAAGCCUUUGGGAUUCUACAUCCGUGAUGGAACCACAGUCAGUGUAACUCCUCAUGGAUUAGUAAAGGUUCCAGGUAUAUUUAUUUCACAAAUUGUUCCAGGUGGACUGGCUGACAGCUGUGGUCUGCUGGCUAUUAAUGAUCAGGUUCUGGAGGUCAAUGGUAUUGAGUUAACUGGGAAGUCCUUGGAUCAGGUGACCGACAUGAUGAUUGCUAACAGUUGUAACCUUAUAAUCACAGUUAAACCAGCAAACCAGUGCAAUAACAUUAGAAAUCCGGUCAUCUCUUCCAUCCCGGAACUUCUUCUUGAUGGUGGGAAUUCUGUAAGCUACCCAGGGCUUCCCAUAAUCAUGAAAUCCUAUUUUGGGAAAGGUAACAGCUACAUUAAGGAUAAAAAUUCUGGUAUGGUUGUUGAGAAAGCUGUCAACCCUUCAUCCUGUUCCACGGUGGCUCUUCAGUCUUCUCAUAUCCAGUACCCUCACCUCGCCUACACUCGAGAAUCUUGGCACUCACAGCCCUGCCUCAAUAACACAGCUCAUUCUGGGUCCAGCACUUCAUUGCUAAGAGAAAUGGGUUCUCAGCAGCACUACAAAAGCAACCCAUCAUUUAGACAGAACGCAUUUAGCACGCAUGACCUCCUGGGUACACUGAGCUUGGACCUGAGACAGCGUCUUAUGGUGCCUGUGGGGGCAAUGGAGGAAGAUGGAAUUGUUUUUACUUUGUAA